CGAAAGAGCUGGACCUAAGAGCUGGACACGAUAGCUCUUCGUUCUUGCCUGUUAGGGACCGGUCGGCUCGCUGCUCACGAUGAACCUUCGAACGCUGUCUUGCUGGUUGGCCGUGGGUGUGUGUGCGACCAGCAUGGGCGUCGCGGGCGGGGUGGGCGCUGUGGUCGAGGACUUGCCACCUCCGGAGAAGCCCUGCAGAAUCCUCAUGCUCCUCCCGAUAUCCUGCAGGAGUGACGCGGAGGUUUUCGUGUCCUACGCAGAGGCUCUGGCUUAUCGUGGUCACAGGAUAGUGAUGCUGCUCAACCAAAAACCGCAAAGGAAAAACUUCAACGUCUUUCAGCUUUAUCACGGACUCGACCACUUUCGCCAUGAUCAGCUGGACGCGUUGGAAUCCCCUGAUGGCGUCUUAGAUUUAGUUUCCCAUGAUAAGCUUGCCUCCUUCACCAGAGAGUUCUAUCAGCUCGAUGAGGUGAAGGCGCUCUAUAAAAUGCGGAAGAAAUUCGAUCUUAUUGUUGUUCAUCAGAUGCUGAGUGAGGUAGUCUAUCCAUUCCUUCACGAGAUGCCCUUUAUCUCCUUCUCGACGGCUGGGAUCGACUCGCAACAGAGUGCCACGCUCGGAAACGUUUUAAAUCCUUCCUUUGAGAUAGAGCCUCUUCUUCGGCCUCUCGACGCCCUUAAACGUUUCCAGAGCACGUUUGCACACUGUUUCCGCCUCUGGUAUCGGAAGUAUUGGACUGUGGUGCCUGCUGUCCAAAAGGAGAUCUCGGCGCUGUUCCCAAAGCUUCCUCCUCUCCUAGACCUUGAACGUAACCAGAGCCUCGCCCUCGUGAACUCACACUUCAGCUUAGGUUCCCCACUUCCGCUUCUCCCCUCACAGGUGGAAGUGGGUGGCAUCCACUGCAGACCCGGACAACCCCUUGCUGGAGAUGUGGACGCAUGGAUCUCUGGCGCUGGAGAAGCCGGAGUAAUUUACCUCAGUCUGGGCUCCGUCGGACAACCGUUUUCUAUGUCCUCCCAGUAUCGUCAAGUGCUAACUCAAGCGCUCGGCAAGUUGGACCAGAGAGUCAUAUGGAGGUACAAGGACGAGGUACACGACCUUCCUGACAAUGUGCUGGUCAGGGAAUGGCUUCCACAGCAACAGCAAGACGUUUUAGCUCACCCACACGUCAAGGCGUUCGUCAACCUCGGCGACUUCCUCAGUAUUCAGGAGGCCGUUUGCCACUCGAAGCCCGUCCUCGCCCUUCCCAUUUCGAGCCAACAGGCGAAGAACGCGGCCACCGUCAGGAACUCUGGUCUCGGCCUCUCGCUGCCAUGGGAGGACCUCACCGAAGACCUUUUGCUAAGAGCCCUGCGAGAGAUCGUCGAGAAUCCGAAAUUCCAAGAGACGGCCUCGGAAGCAUCCUCCGCUCUGCGCGACCAACUCCACACGCCCCUGGACCUCGCCGUAUUCUGGACCGAGUACGUGAUCCGGCAGGAGGGCGCCCCCAGGCUGAGGAGUCCUGCAGUCAGCCUCUCGUGGGUGGAGUUCCUCAUGCUCGACGUCCUGGCUGCCCUGCACUUGGUCCUCCUCCUCUCCUUCGUGAUUCUUUGGCGGUUGGCUCGGUUUAUUUCUCGCCUCGUAUGUGGAAGUGAAAAGCUGAAAACGGAAUAGAUCUGCCUCGUGAGAUGAUGCAGCUUCACCUCCUCCGAUAGUCGAAGGUUGAUGCUUUAAAUCGCUUUGAUAAACUAGAUACGUCCAGAUAUUGCUCUUAAUGCUCGAUAAUCGAAAGUUUGGGAAUGGAAGAGUACUGAAAAAUUGGAGGAAACAACCCAAGAUAAAGAGAGAUAGACAUGAACACACGAAGAAUAUGAAGAUAGUUUCAUCUCUAAUCAUUCUUAUCUCUAAAAUCAUAAGUACUAUUCGAUCUAUUUUUCUGUAUCCUUUGUAAGCACACAGAUGGAAACUACUGUCUAGUUAGAAAACAACAAACAGCAUUGGCAAAUUCAGCAAAUAAUAAUGAUAAUGGUAAUGGUAAUAAUAAUAAUUAUUAUUAUGAUAACAAUAGUAAUUAUAAUAGUAAUAACAUGACAAUAAUAAUGAUAAUAAUAGUAUUAACAAUGAUAAUAAUGAUAAUGAUAUUUUUUUCUUAUAAUAAUAACAAUAAUAAUGAUAAAAACAAUAAUGAUAAUAAUAAUACGAAAUGUAGUGAUAAUGAUAACGAUAAUAACAAUAAUAAUAUUAGUAAUAAUAAUAAUAGUGAUACUAAUUAUCAUAUAGAUAAUAUAGUAAUAAUAAUAUUGAUUAUAAUAAUAAUGUUGAUAAUUAUGAUAAUAAUGAUAAUGAUAAUAAUGACAAAACAGCAAUAAUAGUAAUAAUGAUGAUAAUUAUAAUAAUGAUAAUAAUAAUAAUGAAUAUUCUUAUUAUAAUUAUCAUUAUUACUAUCAUUAUUAUCAUUAUUGUUGUUACUAUCACUAAAAUUAUUAUUAUCAAAACCAUUUCUACUAUUGUUAUUAUCAUCAUUAUUGUUAUUAUAAUCAAUAAUAUAAUUAAUAUUUUUAUUAUCAUGAUCAGCAUUUUAUUAAUAUUAUCAUUAUCAUCAUUAAGUUUAUCACUAUCAUUAUUAUUAUCUUUAUUAUUAUCAUUAUUAUUAUUAUUUCUGGUUCUCUCAAGAUUGGUCUUACAUCUUGGUGAAGGAGCUGCAGUCGCGGACCACAACCAGUGGUCUUGGGUAUUGUAGCUUCUUUCUCUUUUACUUUUCACUUCAUGUCCAAUACUUUUCGAAUUAUUCUUGCUGUUCCUAGUAAACAAGGUUUUUGUAACAUUUCAACUGUAAUUUCCAAAUCCAGCUUCUGUAUCCAUUUCUCGAACUGCUUUGUCACUGUCCCUAAUGCCCCUAUUACUACUGGAAUAACUUCAGCAUCUUUCAUUCUCCACAUUUUUGCAAUUUCAUAUUUCAGGUCUCAGUAAUUGUUACACUUUUCUUCUUCUUUUUUUUUCAAUACGUGUGUCAAAUGAUGGGUCGAUGAAACUCACGACUCAUCGACCUAUCAUUAUUAUUAUUAUUAUUAUUAUUGUUAUUAUUAUUAUUAUUAUUAUUAUUGUUGUUGUUGUUGUUGUUAUGAUUAUAAUAGUAAUAAUAAUGAUAACGACGACAAUAACAAUAAUAAUUUCAUGAACAGUAACAAUUAUACUAACAAUAACAAGGAUAAUGACCAUAACAAUAAUAAUAAUGAAAAUAAUGUAGCCAUUACAAAAACCCAUAUAUUAUAUACAGUUUUGUACGUACUUUGUCAGUGAGUGCAAUACAGCUGUCUACUGGUAUAUCGUCAUUGACAGAUACCAACCCAGCUUAUAUCUAAUUUGUUUACCUAAAGCAACGAAUUUAUCGCAGGAUUUAAUUGU